AUGACUGACGCUCAAAUCCCGGAGGAGUCUGACGCAGACUCCAAGUCAAAAUCACAACCCGGUCAAGUUCGCUUUUCGUCCGUCACGGAGGAGAUUGAACCAUCUGUCAAGUCUCCAUCGGCUCAGGACUCCGCCCUUGAAGGGAUACCGUCUUCUUCGAUCCCGAACCAAACGUCCGACGAAGAAAUACGCACAUUGGCCGCUACUUUCCAACGUUCCCACCUGCAGGAGUCUAGACUUCGGAACUUUUCCUACGAGCCUGUCUCUUUGCCGUCUUCAAGGGUCGCUUCCCGAGAAUCCAGCGAUCGCAGUACUCGAGAAGCUAAUGGUUCCAUUCCUCACUCCCCACGCGCCUCCCCACACGCAUCAGCCAUGCAAUCCCCCCCUCUCACCCCGGCCGCUACCCAUUCGCACGACACUAAGAUGAGCGAUAGUGCUGUCAGCAUCAACGGAAGCGACAAGGGAGGGCUAGCACAGUCCACCCCAAUGACCCCAGAGACCUCCCCGCCUGGCUCGACAGCAGAGAAGAAACCGGCUCCACAAAGCGCGCCUACCUCGCGACCCUCAUCAACCGACCGUUUGUCCCAUAGACAAAGCGAUAUUUCACGCGAGUCUACGAAACGCCCGUCUGACGCAACCAAGCAUCUGCAGUUCUUUGGCGCCGACACAGACUUGAAGCGCCAGGAAGAGAGCCGUCCAUCCUCUGCACGAAAGAUCGAUACCGGAAGUUAUACUCCUCCCGGUGCCAUCACCCCGGUUGGUGAGCCGAACGACCCAUACGCUCGCAGCAAGCGGCCCCCGCCACCCAAGAACCUUGCGCAACUCGAUCCUCGAUUCAUUUUCGGAAGUCGCGAUUUAAAACGACGGGCACAGAGUCUUCGUCCCGGAACCCCACGUUCUUCCAGCGCGGGAGAUCUCAAGUCAAACGAUAAGCGAGGUCACCUGUUUGGAAGUCACAAGAAGGAUCUGGGGCGGGAGGACUCAGAUGGCAAGCAUCAUGGCCAUAUGGCUGAACUCAAGCGGUUCUUCAAGAUUGGUCACCACCGGCAUAAGCGCAAUGACUCCCCCUCGUCGCCUUCCAAGAAGUCAAGCCGAUCGUCUGGCAAGAAUACGCCAUUUCAAAUGGCACCCGACAAUGUUCCGUUUGCCGAUGACCACGGUUUGAAUUCCAAGUACGGGAAACUUGGAAAGGUGCUGGGGUCCGGGGCCGGUGGUUCCGUUCGUCUCUUGAAACGGAAUACCGACGGCGUCACAUUUGCGGUGAAGCAAUUCCGAGACCGCCAUAGCUGGGAGACCUUGAAAGAAUAUUCCAAGAAGGUAACGGCAGAAUUCUGUAUUGGAUCGACGUUGCACCAUGGCAAUAUUAUCGAGACCCUAGAUAUCAUUCAAGAAGGUAGUCAUUGGUAUGAAGUGAUGGAAUAUGCUCCGUUUGACCUGUUUGCCAUCGUUAUGACCGGCAAGAUGGCGAAGGAGGAGAUCGCUUGUUCUUUCAAACAAAUCCUCAGUGGUGUGGCCUACCUGCACGGAAUGGGUUUGGCCCAUCGGGAUCUGAAGUUGGACAAUGUGGUUGUUAAUGAGCACGGCAUCAUGAAACUUAUCGACUUUGGCAGUGCGGUUGUGUUCCGUUAUCCAUUUGAAAACGACAUUGUUCCCGCUUCAGGGAUUGUGGGUUCAGACCCGUAUCUGGCCCCCGAGGUCUACGACGAGAAAAAGUAUGAUCCGCGGCCCACGGACAUCUGGUCAUUAGCGAUCAUUUUCUGCUGUAUGACUUUACGACGUUUUCCCUGGAAGCAGCCACGGGUCAAUGAUAACUCGUACCGGUUGUUCGUUUCGCCUCCGACGCCAGGAACGCCCGUACCUGAUGCCGAACCGAGACGCCAUCGUCCAACCAGGUCUAACACUGAUGUUCCCUCUUCUACUCAUGACGAGCACAAGCAAUCGCAGACGAAUAAAAACGUGUCAUCGGGCAAGUCAGAUAGUGCUCAACGCUCGGAUCAACGCCAAUCUAAAUCUGAACAAAAUGAAAACCAACCCCCCGAGAGUCCCCAAGACAGGACUCCUAGUAACGGCACCAGUAACGGUAACAACAAGCCUACGCGCACCACGAGCAAAGAGGCGCCCCCGCUUCCACCCAACUCCCAGUCGAAUGUCCAACGCCAGGAGGUCAUCAAGGGCCCCUGGAGGCUAUUGCGCAUUCUUCCCCGUGAAAGCCGGUAUAUCAUUGGCCGAAUGCUCAAGGUUGCCGUGAGCCAACGCGCCACUUUGGAUGAAGUCCUAAGCGAUGACUGGGUCCGCAAUAUCCAGGUUUGUGAGCAAGACGAGACGACAGGCCAGACUGUCAAAGCUUCGAACCAUACUCAUGUCUUGGAACCGCCCUCCAAUGCCCCCCCCUCUGGUGCUGUCGCCGGCCUCACGGUCGACUGCUCCCUCUACCCCCUCGACACGAUCAAGACCCGUCUCCAAAAAGCCCGAAGCCAUGCCCCCAGCACAAACGCACCAGCAUCUCAAGUCUCCCUCCGCCAGACCGUCCGCGGCAUUUAUGCCGGCCUCCCCUCCGUCCUCUUUGGUUCUGCGCCAUCAGCUGCCUCAUUCUUCAUUGUCUACGACGGCGUGAAACGCUCGCUGUUACCUCCUCCCAAUAGCUCUGAGAAAGCUUCGCGGACACAUAUUACACUUACACACUCUGUUGCUUCGUCGAUGGGUGAGAUUGCUGCUUGUGCGGUGCGGGUUCCCACGGAGGUUAUCAAGCAGCGCGCACAGGCGGGGUUAUUCGGCGGGUCGAGUUUGCUUGCGCUGAAGGAUAUUUUGGCGCUGAGAAAUGCGCAUGGGUACGGGCAGGUGGUGAGGGAGUUGUACCGCGGUGCGGGGAUUACUAUUGCGCGGGAGAUUCCAUUUACUGUCCUGCAGUUUACGCUGUGGGAGGGGAUGAAGGAGAGGUAUGCUAAGCGGAUGGCUGCGUCUGGGGCUGUUCCUACUGGGACCGAGGGUCAAGUGCCCGCGUCCACGAGUGCAAUGUUCGGUAGUGUUGCUGGAGCUAUUGCGGCAGGAUUGACGACGCCGUUGGAUGUGAUUAAGACGCGGGUUAUGCUUGCAAGGAGGGGUGAUGGUGCUGUUGGUGAGCGUGCGAAGGUGAGGAUCAGGGACGUUGUGCAGGAGAUUUCGAAGGAAGGGGUUGGGGCUUUCUGGAGAGGCAUUGGGCCUCGUGUGGCGUGGAUUGGGAUUGGAGGGGCUAUAUUCUUGGGUAGUUAUCAGUUUACAUGGAAUACACCUAGUCACCAGAGGGUCGCAUACGUGCUCCCUCUUCCAGAUGCUCCCGGCGGCCAUCGGCUGGGCGUGAACGGCUUAACCGUCGACGCCGACCAUUCCAUUCUUUAUUCCGCCGGUCGCGAUGGUGUUGUCUGUUCCUGGGACCUCAAUCGCCCUUUAUCCUCCAAAACGCCUCCUUCGUUCCUAGGCUCCAAGCAACCGGGCCAAACAACGUUUCGGAGCCAGAUACAAGCACAUAGCCAUUGGAUCAACGACAUUGUCUUAACCCAGAACAAUUCCGCCCUUGUUUCUGCGUCCUCGGAUACGACCGUGCGAUUAUGGCGACCUCAUUCGGAGUCGACGGAUGUGCCCGCGCGCAUUGGGAAACAUGCCGACUAUGUGAAAACUCUUGCGACGCCGGGGAACCAUGCCAAUUGGGUUGCGUCGGGUGGGUUGGAUCAUAAGCUACACCUGUGGGAUUUGAAUGGCGGCGGCGAGGUAUUGAAUAUUGAUGCGUCCGGGGACGAUCGCACGGCCAAGGGCUCUGUUUAUGCGUUGGGGGCUGUGUCGUCUGUCCUGGCUAGUGGUGGACCCGAAAGCGUGGUUAGGGUAUGGGACCCAAAGUCUGGGAAAUUGAUUACCAAGUUUGUAGGACAUACGGAUAAUAUUCGCGAUAUUCUCGUCAAUCGCGAUGGCGAUACGAUCAUGACAGCGUCGUCCGAUCAGACUAUCAAGAUUUGGUCCCUUACCGCUGGAAGAUGCAUGCACACGUUGACGAUGCAUAACGACAGCGUCUGGUCUCUCUACUCAAACCAUCCGCAAUUAUCCGUCUUUUACUCUAGCGAUCGCUCCGGCCUUGUCGCAAAGACCGAUACCAGGAACUCUGCAGAUAUCGAACAGGGAAUUUGUGUCGCAGCACUGCAGGAGAACGAAGGGGUGGUUAAGGUAGCGGCUGCAGGGGAUUAUCUCUGGACAGCUACUCCCAAAUCUAGCAUUAACCGCUGGCUUGACAUCGACACGACCGCUGAGAUCGAGCCGCCAUCGUCCGAUGACCGUGAAAGUACCGCGAGUCCGCCCCCUGCCAACGCGGCGCAAGCAAAGCGAAAGAAGAUCCCUUACAAUUCCGUUCUACUCCUAUCAAGCACCUCGACUUUCCCUGAAGCGAACGUGCCGCCAGGGAGACCUUCCAUUGAGUCGGUGGUAGAGGACGAACUUGAACUUACGUUGCCUAUCCAGACAUUGCCAGACGAGACAAUCGAAGGCCAAAACGGGUUAAUCAAGCAUCUCAUGUUGAAUGACAGGAAACGCACAUUAACCCAGGAUAGUGCGGGAGAAGUUGUACUAUGGGAUUUGCUGAAGUGUGCCCCGAUUCAAUCGUUUGGCAAGCGUCAUAUGGACGAUGUUGAAGCCGAAAUCAACACUACGGAGAGUAUCGCACACUGGUGCACGAUUGACAUUCGGACGGGUAGACUAUCUGUUAUUUUGGAACUCAACCGCUGUUUUGAUGCAGAGGCAUACGCAGAUGAGAUUGAUCUGCCUGAUCGGUCAGAGCUCCGAGAUGACCAAAGAAUCAACCUUGGAAAGUGGAUAUUGCGCUGGCUCUUCGCCCCGUUGGUGGACGCAGAAAUUAAUCGAGACCAAGACUAUCGCACAGAAAUAGUCAUGAAGGGCGAGGAAGUGGCACGGCAAAACUCAGCGAACCUAUCACCUUUGGAUAUCCCGACAGGAGAUGUACCGAGGAGCUUGAACAUUCCGAUUCCUCACAACAGUGCCUCUCCUACGACUCCACGGGCGGGUAGUGAUAUGUUUGGAAGUCCGACGACUCCCGGGUUUGGUAUCGGGUUCGCCAAUACCCCAGGGACUCUGUCAUCAUCUAUGGGUGGUGGCAGCAAUAGCAACAACCUGGGCACAUCACCCGGUCCUAGUUUGGGAGAAUUUGCUGACAGUUUGGCAUCGCCUACACCCCAGCAAACACUAGAUGCUACCCGAAGCUCUAUGUCAGACCGGUCCAGCGACUAUUUCACAUCGAAAAUGCAAACCGCAGAGACGGAGAAAGGCAGCCAGGGCGAUCAAACACCAACAGCUCUUCCGCUUUCACCCAUCGAGCCAGACAAGGAAGAUAAGAAGAAGGGAAGCUCCCUGUUCAGUAAGAAAUUCCGCAUGGGAAAGCUCGGCCGGACACCGUCAGAAGUCAAGCCGCAGCAACAGAUUCAGGAAGAGAAGGAGAAGCCGGAGGAAUCUGAUCGUUCGUCUGUCAAGGAGGAAAAGGUGUUUGAGAACAAUUUGAGUGGGUUUAUCGAGCGGAUUCGACAUGGAUAUGAUGAAUAUCUCGCUGCGAACCCUGGGCAGGAUUUGACCUCAGCUAUCACGCCUAUCCCUAAUAACGAGACCCCUGUGUUGAAUAUUCCAUCGAAUACAGCUGUUUUCAUACAGGAGGAGUCUGGGGAUACAGCAGUUGCUUCUGAUCUGUACAGAGGGAGCGUUGGUCGUCUAAGUGAGGAAAUUGACCAGUUGGAGAAGUCGAUUCCUCUAUGGCUCGCAGAGCUUCUCUUGAAGGAUCAAAUGCCACAGAAAGAUCCUGUCAAGGUGGCGUUUACUUUGCGACCAGUUGAUGAUCUUCUGCUACCAGUAGUUAAGCCAGACGGACCCCCUCUUAAUGGCCCUAGCAACCAUAACAACUCUCGUUUGAAUGCGAACAGGAUGCUACGUGCCAAGAAGGUACUCGCCUACGUCGCCGAACGAAUCGACCCAACCUUCACUGAAGAGCCAGUGGAGGAUGCGCUGAAGCCAGAGGAGUACCUGGAACUAUAUUGUCAGAACGUGUUAAUCCCCCCAAACAUGACAUUAGCAACAAUCCGUAACCACAUCUGGCGCACUUCAGGCGACAUGAUCCUCUACUACAAAUCCAAUGGAAAGAAAGACCUCCCAAUGCCUGGAUUAAGUGGCGACGAGGAUAAAAGCCAAGGAGGUUCUUAUCUACGGGCAGAAGCAGCUAACGGGGGAGAGAAUGGCAGCGCGCCAACAGGCAGUAUUCAUUCUCUGACGGCAUCGGGGUCUGGAUCGACGUCUAUUAUCAACUUUUAG